CAAGCAGCUUACAGAUUUUUUGUGUACUACAAUUGUGUUUAAUUUGUAAAGGCACAAAAAAAUAAAGCCAAAAUGCAAUCAUUAUCGCAUGCAGUGAAAACAAGUCUGCCAAAUUAUUUGUCCAGCUUGCCGGUGCCCGACAGCGUGGGCGGCUGGUUUAAACUAUCAUUCAAGGAUUGGCUGGCACUCAUUCCACCCACUGCCGUCGUUGUCGGCAUUGGCUACAUCUCGUAUCAGGCCCUUUGUCCCGCAGCUCAGCGUAAAUCGUGCUCUGGCCGUUGCAAUGACAACAUAAGGAAACACGAGGCGAAGGUUGUCGACAUGAUUGACAUUGAAAACAUUGCGGAUAAGGCCGCUUUCUGUCGCUGCUGGAAGACCAAGAACUGGCCCUACUGUGAUGGCAGCCACGGCGAGCACAAUAAGAACACGGGCGACAAUGUCGGACCGGUUGUGAUCAAGCGAAAGUAAUUUAAAUCUGGAUUCGCAGUAGCAGCGUUUUUCUAGCAUUUCCUUGCUGAUAUACAAAUGCAGGCAGUACGAACAUUUCUGAAGUUUGCAAUAACAAAUUGUUUUAAAUUCUAUAGAUUGUUUUCAACCUACUUUACCGUAAGCAAAAAUUGAAUGAAUUAACU